UCAUGUUCUAUUCCGCGCUACGAACUGAGUGUUUUUUACUUUUUAUUUUAUUUUGGUGACGAGUCACAUGAUAACCACCAAAACUCGAUUUCAUUUAUUUAUUUUAUAAUCAAUAAACACAUUGCACAUUGUUUUUCUUGUUGAUUCUCUGUUUUCUCUAAAGAUCAAGGCUGAAACUAAUCAAAUCAUGGCACAUUUGCUGACACCGCCUCCUGCCACAGCAGCAACAGCUCUUUCUGCAAGACCCAAGAAGAUUUCCUCCCUAUAUUCUUGGAAAAAUGGGUAUUUUGCCACUCCAAGAGUAUGCUGCGUUGGCAACCAACAUCAACAUCAACAUAACGAUCUAGCUCCUUCUACAAGUGAUGACCACACUCUGCGUCGGAGGGCAUUGAUGGGAUUGAGUGGUGCAGUAGUUUUUGGGUUGAGUUGGAGUGAUGAGCAAAGUGCAAGUGGUGCUGGAAGGCCUCCACCUCGUCCACCAAAGGAGAAACAAGAUCCGAAUGUGAGUGGUGUUGUGGCCAAAGUAAUGGCUAGCAAGAAGAGAAAAGAAGCCAUGAAAGAAGAAAUUGCCAGGCUAAGGGAGAAAGGGAAAGCCAUUAACAUUAAUAAAGACCCAUCUCCUGCACCUGCACCUGCACCUGUUCCAACUCCUGCAUCUGAAUAAUUUCCAAUUCUUAACCCAUCCAAUGUCAUCUGCAAAUUCAAUAGUUGUUUUUACACAUGCAAAUUCAAUUAUAUCAAUGUUGUAUUCCUAUAUUGUUCCGCCGAAUAUGACUGUUUCGCUUACAUUUUCUUUUUAGAAUGCUGGGGCAUUUAUGGUUAACGGUAAAUUUCGAUUUA